UGCUGUGACGGAAACACUUGAAUGAGCUCGAAGCUUGAACUCUUUCUGUCGCACUUUAAUUCAUUCAACAUGUUAUUAUGAGCCGCACGGUGCACGUGAAGUUUCUGUUCUGCUAGUGUUCGGUUUUCUGCAGGAACCGGAUCACACGGCAGCUCGUGAGGACGCGCACCGCCUCAUUGGCACAUGUCCCGGCGGGGUGGAGCGUAGCGGGGCCGCCUCUUGUUUUGCGGUCUUGUUUUGUCAGCCUCACAACAGAGCAGCUGCAGCGGCCGUGAGGAGAGGAGCGCCCCGACACACCGAGCGGAGGACGCUGUUUUCCCGGUGAGACCACAGGAGCAGGGCGCAGCCAGAAGCCCGAAAGGAGCAUCUCUUUGUGCGCUACUUCCAGAGGGAGCGUGUGAUCCUGCAGGGCUGCAUCAGAGGAUACACCUAGGGUGUUAUCACCACACUGUCCUGGAGGAGCCUGUUAACUGUGGGAGCUUCUCUGUGGCCAAAUGGAUGCGAGUGCGUGAGGAGAAUACUAAUGAACGGCGCGCUGCGUCCUGCCGAGGCGCACCGCGUCCCCUGCUGCUGCUGAGCGCCACAGCGGAGCCAGAAUCAGCCUCUGUUCGGGAUUAACGAGCACCGGAGCUGCUUUAUCUCCAGAACCAGAGGUGGAUUUAUAAAAAAUAAACAAAAAACAACCUGCAGCAGCUGCAGAAAGAAAAACGCCAGAAUGGGCAACAGCUUCUCCAACAUCUCUGCCUUCCAGUCUCUGCACAUCGUCAUGCUGGGGCUGGACUCUGCGGGGAAGACCACAGUCCUCUACAGACUCAAAUUUAACGAGUUUGUCAACACGGUGCCUACGAUCGGGUUCAACACGGAGAAGAUCAAGCUGAGUAACGGCACCGCGAAGGGCAUCAGUUGUCAUUUCUGGGACGUGGGAGGCCAGGAGAAGCUGAGGCCCCUGUGGAAGUCCUACAGCCGCUGCACCGACGGGAUCAUUUACGUGGUGGACUCUGUGGACGUUGACAGGCUGGAGGAGGCCAAGACUGAGCUGCACAAAGUCACCAAGUUCGCGGAGAACCAGGGCACCCCGCUGCUGGUCAUCGCCAACAAGCAGGACCUGCCCAAAUCUCUCCCGGUGGCGGAUAUAGAGAAGCAGCUGGCUCUGCACGAGCUCACCCCCUCCACCACCUAUCACAUCCAGCCUGCAUGUGCUAUAAUAGGCGAGGGGCUGCACGAGGGCAUGGACAAACUGUAUGAAAUGAUCAUGAAGAGGAGGAAAUCCCUGAAGCAGAAGAAGAAGCGGUAACGUCUGCUGGUCGGGGGACAGUGUUCCAGUCUGAUGAGCUGUAGUCCUUCACAGGUUUACUUUGCAGUGAUUUCUUUUUAUUUUAUAUCCUCAGUUUGGAUUAAAGCUGUGAAGCUGUGCUGAACGCUUCUGCAUACAGCAGGCUGGCCGCAGGAUAUACAAUACAUAAUAACCAAAAAAGACAAGUUAAGAAAAGAAAGUUGAAAAGACUUUUCAUAUGUAGGAGGAGGAGCGGGCGGGCCCGUUCAUCUGCUGCUUCAACACAGACUCUGAAGGAGAAGCUCACUGAGGACUUUUUCAUUUCUGCUGUGGAAACACGUUUGAUUUGGCACGUGGCUCGGGUCACUUCUGGAUGUCAGCUGACUGUUGAAGUAGCCUGUCCUCUGCUGGUGGCCUGAGGACCAGUGUCCACCACUUUGCACUUUUCAUUUCCUAACAAACAGUAGAGAGCGACACUGUAUUAACGGAGGAGCAGAUCCAGGUGGUUUAUGUACCAAGAAGCCAAAAUUGAAGUAUUUUUUGAAUAUUAAAAGAUUUAAAAGUCUA